CUUAGAUAAAAUUAAUUCAUUCAUAAAAUUUUGAUUGAAUCGUUUUAUUAUAGAUAAUGCAAGAUGCUUCACAUUGUCCCACUCAAACUGAUGAAGAUAACAUGAUGGCUGAAAAUGAAUUAAAAAACUCAAAUUUUCAUUUAAAACCGUAUCAAGAACACCAAGACAUGAUGAUAAUUGAUAAUGAUUUGAAUUUUACAGAUGAUUCCAUAAAUUUUAUGGCUUUGUCACAAGAUCAAAAGGAAUUACCAGUCACUACACACAGUUCACGAAAUGUAAUAAUUAGUAAUACCACCAUAUCUGAACCAUCGGUUGAUUUACAGAUAAAUUUGAACUUCCGACAACAAAAUCAAAAUAUGAAAAUUAAUUGUAAUUCUACCAAUUCUUAUAUUUCAACAGACGCUACACAAAACAUUGAGAAUAAUUUUGACAAAACUUUUCAAAAGAAUGUGAUAUUCAAGUACAAGGUUUUGUCUCCUCUCCAGAUUUCACUUCACCAGAAGACGAUUUAUUAGAAUCAGUUAUCAUUCCAAGUAUGGAUGAAAUAAUUGUCGACGAUUCUGAUUUAUCAAAUUAUGAAUCAAAUUAUGAGAUUUCCGAAAAAUUAGAGUGUAUUUUGUCAUCUCAAUUAGACAGCGAAACAGUGGAAUUCAUACGAGCUGAGCAAGAAACCGUUAAUGAAGAUAAUGAAAAUUUAUCAGUUCCAGAUUUAGGACAUGAAGUAAUAAAUUUUCAUUCAAUUUUAUCCGAUCAAAAUUCGAUAUCUAAAGAAACAAGUGAUAUUGAUUUUGACCCAGCCCAAGUAAUACAUUCUUCAACUAUCACCGAAGACUCUGCACAUAGCCUUCAACUACCAAAAAUAGGUAAUGAUGGAGAUCCAACAUUUGAAAAUACACCCAUGAACGUACCUUCUUUUGUAUCAAGUACCGAGAAAAUUGUUAUAAAGAAUUCGACAUCAAUCAAGGUUCCUCUUUCGACGAAAGGGUCUUGUGAUAAUUCAAAGUUGAAAGUAGAGAGCAGUUUUACUACUGAUGAAGUAGGAAAUGUAACUUUUCAACCACGGUGGAAGAAAAAGUAUUUCUGUAUAUAUUGUCAAAAAUCAGUAGUAAAGUUACCUCGCCAUAUUGAAACGAAACAUAAAGAUGUUGAAGAAGCUCAGCAGCUUAAAAGCACUCCAAAAGGUACCAAAGAAAGGAAAAAAUUAUUGGAAAUUCUUCGAGACAAUGGCAGAUACAUGCACAAUACUAACCCGGAUUAUAAUACUGGAAAACUACUAGUCAGCCGGCGUCCUAAAUCGGAAAAAAAAGUAGCAAGUGAUUACACGACCUGUGCUAAAUGUCUAAAAACGGUAACAAAAGCAAAUUCUUACAAACAUUUUGCUACAUGUAUUAAUAAUCAAACGAAAGGAUCAAAUUCGUAUAAAUUCCUUGGUCGUUACGUUGAAGGACGUAUUCAUGCUACUGCCAGUGAUACACUGAGUCUAGUUAUUUUUCCGGUAUUCCAAGAAGAUGCUAUUGUUCAUUUGAUAAGAUAUGAUUGGUUACUUAUUUUUAUACGGAAACAAACUCUGUUUGAAACAUACAGCACAUUAUCAGCACAAUUUAAUACGUGCACGACUGAGGUUGGUUGGUCGAUUGUUAUACGCAGCAAAGAAAUUAAUCCGGAAAUCGUAGAUCUUGCUUCUCUGUUUGCUCCAGAGUAUAUUGAUACAAUUGUUAAAUCUAUUGAAGUUGUCUCGAGAAUUGAUCGAUUAAAAAUGAUCACUGAAGAUAUAAGACGAUUAGUUCACUAUUUAAAAGUUGAACGGAAGAGGUGUUUUCAAGUUUUGGAGCAUUGCUUUAACCUCUCAGAAUGGCUUAACGGUUUGAAGCUCGUUGCUGCGUAUCUUCUUGUCUUUAAUCGUAGACGAGUGGGAGAUAUUCAAAAUAUUCUCUUAAGUGAUUUGAAUCGUAUUGAGUGUAUUAGUAAAAAAAAUGACCAUGAAGAAUUUAAUUUGUUAGAUGAUAUCGGAAAAAAAAUUGCUGAAAAGUUUCUUAAAAUUGAAGUGAGAGGAAAAAGGGAUCGUACGGUAUCUGUGAUUGCAGGUGCUGAUAUUAUUAAAGAGAUUAAUUUGUUGAUUAGACAUCGUAUAAGUGCAAAUGUACCUACUAAAAAUGAAUAUUUAUUUGGAUUGCCAAAUAAAGUAGACGACCGCAUAAGAGUCAUAAAUAUAUGUAAGGAAAUGAGAUCCUUUUCGGUUGCAUGUGGUGCUGAAAAACCGGAAUUAUUACGUGGAACUGGUUUACGAAAGCAUGUAGCUACCAAAUGCAUUGAGCUUGAGUUGAAUGACAACGCUCUAGGAGAUGUGAUGAAGCACAUGGGUCAUUCUGAGAAGAUUCAUCGUGAAAUUUAUCAGCAGCCGAUCAAAUCUAAAACUAUUAUUGGAGUGGCGAAGGUUUUAGAAGCAGUGCAAGGUCCUGUGGAUAUGGAUGAAGAAGACGAUGAAAUCGAUGACGUAAGUGAUUUCAUUGUGGUUCCAAGUGAAGCGGCUGGAAAAGAGUCUGAUAACAAAUCGGAUGAGGCUGUUUUUGUCUCACAGCCAUCUUGUUCUCAUGAUAUCAAUACCUCGGUCGAGGAGGAUAAUUUAAAUGAUUCAUCAGGUCCAUCAACUCGCGAAAAUCUAGAUAUUCAACUGAAUUUGGACUAUGGUAAUCAAAUGGUUUUAAAUUCCGUUUCUAACGAUAAUGAUAACAAAAAAGAAUGCCGAAAAACUUCUGAAAUUACUGGAACAAUUCAAAAAAAGCGAUGGACCAAAACUGAGUAUGAUAUUGUGACUUCAGCGUUCAAGUAUCAUUUAGAAUCUGGUACUUUACCAUCACUAGAAGAUAUCGACGAUCUUCUAGAAAAAUACCCUUGUUUGAAGGGUCGAUCCAGGAAAUCAAUUAAAACUUGGGUAUGGACUAAAAAUAACUCUAAAAAACAACCUGGCAAACUACGAGUAAUUAAAAACGAGCCAGUACGAUUUAAUCUGAAAAAAGUGAUAAAUAAAAGCGAUUUAUUGGCACCUAGUGCAUAAAUUUAUUAUUUAUUGAUAUUCUAUUAGAAUUGAUAUAUGCUUAAUGAAAAAUCAUUUGCAUAAUUCUCUUAGCUAUUGUUUUUUUAUAAUUAAUUUGAAAUAAGACAUUAAAAUCUAUGUUUCAAUGAGCCU